AUGGACAUGUUAGAACGGAAUCUGGCUGAGGAAAAAAAGGAAAGAGAUCGACUGAGGAAACAAGCCAAGCGUUUACAAGAUAAACUUCAAAAUGAAGCUAAAUUCAAUAAGAAAAGAGCAGAUGAAAAGCAAGCAGAGCGCAACAAUAAAAGAGAAAUCGAUUUGGAGCAAUUUAAGAAAAAGAGAGCCGAAGAGAAGAGAAAAGAACGGAAUGUGCAAAAAGAACAGAAUUUGGAACAAUUUAAGAAAAAGAGAGCCGAAGAGAAGAGAAAAGAACGAGAUGUAGAAAAAGAACAGAAUUUGGAACAAUUUAAGAAAAAGAGAGCCGAAGAGAAAAGAAAAGAACGGAAUAAAAAGAGAGCCGCAGAGAAGAGAAAAGAACGGGAUGUGGAAAAAGAACAGGAUUUGGAACAAUUUAAGAAAAAGAGAGCCGAAGAGAAGAGAAAAGAACGGGAUGUGGAAAAAGAACAGGAUUUGGAACAAUUUAAGAAAAAGAGAGCCGAAGAGAGGAGAAAAGAACGGAAUAGAAAAAGGGAUUUGGAUUUAGCAACUUUCCAACAAACUGAAGCGACUGAAAGACAAGAAAGGCGGAAGACUGCGAAAGUUGUUGAUGUUACAAAAUUUAAUCUGAAACGAGCUGCAGCGAUGAAAAGCUGGCGCUUGAAGCAAGAUAAACUUCCUCGGACACUUAACGAAGCUGGCUUGGUUGUAGUUCAAUUAAAAAGAAAAUUGGAAUAUCGUAGUCAUCAUAAGGAGCAGUACGUGGACGUUAAAAAAAUUUUCAGCGCAAUCAAAACUAUGAAAUCGAUGGGCAACAGGUUUUACCAAUUCAUUCCAGAUGAUGUUGAAUUCAAAACAAGAUGCCAGGAAACAGAUCCAGAGGGAUACUGUUUGCUUUUUGGAGAUGGGAAAGAUCAAGGAGAUGUGGUUCAGUCCACGACAACUGAAUGUAGUGAAGAAAAUAAACACACUGACGACGAAGAAGAAUCGAACGAGGAACAGGAAUACAUCGAAAAAGAUCCAAUUCGAAGAAACCAGUUUAAUUAUAACAGAUCAACUUGCUUCGCUGAUAAUCUACCUGAAAUACGAGUGGAGAAUAACACAAGAAAUGUAAUAAACACAGUAGAAGUAGCUCCAGGAGAGAAUAAGGUUCCAACCAACAUAUUUCAAGAAAAGCAUUAUGAAGAGAAGUCUUUUCCUGGUCAUUUUCCUAAUGGUAAGAAUGGUAAAGAUGAAGAAAGACCUGUGAAACUCCGAGAUCAGGAUUAUUUCACGCAAAGGAUCAUGAAUGAAGAUGAACGAUGUGCCAAAGAUCCUGCUUAUAUUUUCGCUGCUGCCGCGUUUGUGGAAUCCAAGCAGAUUGCUAGAAACAUUAAUCUGUCGUUUCAGCGAGGGAAAAAAACACACUUACCUGAUGGAAAAUGUGUUUACUCAUUAGACGAUGGUUAUAUGGUUUUGGAUAAUAUAAAAAAUACCCCACGUUACUGGCAGAAGAUAUGA